UGCUCUUGGUGCCACUCUUGGUGGUAGUGCUUUUGGUGCUGCUUUUGGUGGUGGUGCUCUUAGUGCUGCUUUUGGUGGUGAUGCUUUUGGUACUGCUUUUGGUGGUGGUGCUCUUGGUGCCGCUUUUGGUGCUGCUUUUGGUGGUGGUAUUCUUGGUGCCAUUCUUGGUGAUGGUGGUGCCACUUAUAGCGGUGGUGUCACCCUUGGUGGUAGUGCUCCCAAUAGUGGUGCUCUCAGUG